UUCAGUUAUUAUUGAUACUGCAGUGUGGUUACCGUUUGUCUAUUUAUUUGUUUGAGUGACUAAAUAUGAAACCAACCACUAAAGAAAUACUGAACUCUAUAAUUUUAGGAAUCAUAUUUAUGUUAUUGUAUUCAGCAUUUUACACUUUAUCGAAUUUGGAGGAAAUUCUAAUACACAGUAUACAACAGGAAGUAAUUGGAUUCAAAGGGGAUGGCUAUACCAAUUUGUUACUAUUAUACACAUCUUUUGCUGUGUUUAUUUGGUUUGUUCCACCAAUUGUUAAUGUAAUUGGACCAAAAUGGGCACUGGCGUUAGGAUCUGUUGGAUAUUGCGUACCCCUUGUGGCACUCCUACAACAGCAGAGUUGGUUCGUCUACUUCAGUUCCGUGUGUAUUGGAGGAUCAGCAGCCGUGCUGUGGACCUCCCAGGCUGUCUACAUCAUGUACAACUCUACUUCAGCAACCAUCGGCCGCAACACCGCUAUAUUCUCUGGGAUCUGCCAUUCCUCAAUGAUUUACGGAAAUGUGUUCGUGUACUUCUGCUUUGAGGGAAAGACUGUGAUUGACGAAAAGACCCGAACAUCUGUGUUGUUUGGUCUGUUAGGACUGACUGUCUUUGCGGCAAUAAUGUCAACACUCUUGCCAUCACCUGCCUACAUCAAGGAGAACAGCGGAUAUCAAGGAUCUGCUCUGGAAGUCAUGAAGCAAUCCUGGGCAGUGGCUAAGACGAAGGAGAUGACCAUGUUGAUUCCUAUGUUCCUGUAUUGUGGUGUACAAUUGUCCUACCUAUCUGGAAUAUUUGGUGCAGCGGUAGGUUUCACAUCCUACUCUGAUGGAUUUCCAGCCAACCAAUUGGUCACUAUAACAGGACUUUGUUCUGGAAUUGGAGAAAUUCUAGGAGGGGUGUUUCUAUUUGUAGUGAACCCCUUGCUGAGAAGUAGAACUUGGUCUGUGAUUGUUGCGAUUGGAAUAUUUUCUGAAUGCAUCGCGUAUCUUCUCUCAUUUCUCAACUACUCAAAUGAUUCUGUAUUCCAUCCCACAAAUGAACCUACAAUUAUUAGCAGCAGAUGGUGGAUAGCAGCUGUUUCAGCAUUACUGCUCGGUUUUGGAGAUGCAAUCUUCAUGCCAAUGCUGAUGUCGGUUAUCAAGAAAAUAUACUCCAACGGAAAUGCUUCUACAUUGACUGUCUACACUUUUUGUUUUAGCCUGGGCGCUGCUGUGAGUUUUUCCUACAGUGAACUUGUGGGUUUACAUUGGCAGCUUCUGAUAAACACGGUUGCGGCAUUGUUAGCUUUGAUAUCUUAUUGUUAUGUUAGUAUUAUAAAAGUACCCAAAUAA